AUGCCGGUUACAUCCCCUGAAGUACAGUUAAUGUCCAAAACUCAAGCUCUUCAGAGGGUCGGAGAUGAAGAAGAUCAUGAGGAGCAUUCUGUGCUAUUGUUAAUAUUUGCCUAUAUAAAUGCAACUCUUGGCGGAGCUGCGGGCCAGUCGCGACCCGCGGCAGCACUUCUCAGCCCUUGGGCGGUCGAUGGGACUAGGCGCCACGGAGCCGGGGGCGGCGCCCUUCCGGGAGACUUGGGCGGUGCAGGAGCCCACCAUGGAGGGGGUCUGGGACACGGCAGGCUGCAGGUCCCGAACCCUGCCCUCGGGGAGGCGACUGAGUCCCGGGGAGAAUUCGAGCGUGGUGCAUGCGGCCCGGCAGUGCUGGGGGACCUGGUGCAACCUCCGCACCUGCUGACCCGGGUGCUAAGCCCCUCACUGCCCUGGGCGGCGGCGCCCCCCGGCCGCUCCGUGUGCCAAGCCCGCGCCCGCCGGAACUCGCGCUGGUCAGUGAGCGCCGGGCGCAGCCCCGGUUCCCACCCGCGCCUCUCCCUCCACACCUCCACGCAAGAAGAGGGAGGCGGCUCCGGCCUCAGCCAGCCCAGAGCGGGACUCCCGCAGUGCCUUGGCGGGCUGAAGGGCUCCUCAAGCGCCGCCAGACUGGACGCCGAGGCGGAGGAGGCGCCGAGAGCAAGGGCUGCUAGCACGUUGUCACCUCUCACUAUGAAGGAGAGUCACCAGGAUAUGGAAUAGCCCCUGAAAAUAAAUCCCUUCAAAGAGGCAGCUAUGUUCUUUACAUCGCCGUUACCAAGAGGAUCGUCAUUCAAAUACACUAACCACUGACAAUGCUAACUAAUUGGGAGUAAAGGACCGGGCGGAAAGAUCAGCCAACCGCAGGCUACCGGCCAGC